AUGGGCGCAGAUCUCUCGUCAGACAACAAUACUGCCCCCGAGCCACUGCCCUCCUUGCACGUUGUCCUGCCGGGGGUUAUACUAGGUACUUGUGUCAUGGGGCUGGCUGGCAACAUGGCUGUUGUCUGGGUGAUCCUGAGGGCACCCAGAAAGAUGAUGACUAACCUGUUCCUGCUGCACCUGGCAGUUGCCGACAACCUCUUUGCGCUGGUGCUGCCAGUCAGUGUGGCUGAGCACCUGAUUCAGCACUGGCCCUUUGGGGACCUGCUCUGAAAAGUACUGCUGGUCGCCGACCACUACAACAUCUUCUGCAGAGUCUACUUCCUGGCCGCUGGGACCCUGGACAGCUACCUGACUUUUCAGGCAUCUGCACCCCCACCCCAUGCACCCUGGCUCUCCCUCCACCCGGCACAGCUUGCCAGUCUGGGUGUCUGGCUGGUGGUCUCCACCAUGGUGCUGCCCUUUCUCGCCUUUGCAGGUGUCUACAACAAUGAGCUGCAGGUCCACAACUGUGGGCUAAGCUUCCCAAGGCCUGAGCAGGCCUGGCUGCAGACGAGCAGAGUCUACUCCCUGGUGCUGGGCACCACCUGCGCGCUCUACACAGGGCUACUGCUCAGGCUGCUGACCACACGGCUUUGCCCCACCACCUAGGCACUGGGCCAGGCCAGGAGUAAGGCAACUGGGCUGGUCCUGGCCGUACUGGCGACAUGCCUGUUUUGCUGGACGCCCUUCCACCUGGCCUCUGUCGUGGCCCUGGCCAUGGACCUACCACCGAAGCCGCUGGUCAUCACUGCCUCCUAUGUUAUCACCAGCCUCAGCUACGUCAGCUCAUGCCUCAACCCCUUCCUCUAUGCCUUCCCGGACAGCCACUUCCACAAGAACUUCCACACCCUGUGCCAGGACCCCCGGGCCUGACCCACUCUGCCUCCCGCGUCCUCCCUCCCUCCCCCUCGGCCCAGGAGAGGCUGUCUGCUGGGGGCAUCUGCCUGUCAGGUGCCCCACGCUCCCCUCCCC